AUGAAGUCAGUGCUAGUCACAGUUCUGCUUCUUUCUGUUGCCUUUGCUGAUUCUCACCAAAGUAGGCUUGCCAACUUAUUUUUGAAUAUACCACUCUCGCAGACACAUAUAAUGUGCCACCAAACACAAACUUUGAAUAUGUCAUAAGGGUCGAUGCCUCAAGUUCGGUACGUCAAGCAAAUAUUUCAUACACCGCUGAAAUUCAUCAUCUAUGUCAGCACAUACUCACAUUUGUGUUUCGUACAGUUCAGCAAAUCGGAAUCAGGAUUCGUUGAAAAGACAAUCGACGAAGACUGCGGGGCGCUUGAAAUGUGUGUACAAUUACUACCACGUGAGUCUGCUUAG